AUGGCCGUGGCCACCAUGGGGACGGUCACCAUCAGGGGACACGACAGGGGACAGUCGGGCCACCAGGGUCACCGCAGGGGUGGCUGUGGCCACUGGAGACCUUCUGAAACCAUUUCUACCAAAGCAGAAGGCGCUGGCAGUAUUGUAACAAAAGCUGAUCGUGCACAGCCCGACAUCAACGGUCAGCACAAGGUCAGGAAAAACUCCUGCGGCACUGAGGAUGAAUUCGGUGCCUCUCACCCUCGUCUCCUCCUCUGCUGUGGCCACCACAUGGAGACAACAGGAGGGGAGACAGCUGUGGCACUUGGGAGAGACACUGAAAGGGGAGCAGGCAGCCCGAGGCAUAGCCCAGCCUUAGACCAAGUUCUAAGCUCUGGUGUGUUUUCCACAGGUGUUUACCACGUGGGACGACUUGGUGCCUUAACCCCCUGGAGCACUGCAGACCUGAGCAAAACCCUGCCCCUGCCAGACCAGCUCCGUGAGGUUCAGGAACAGCUUUAUCAUCUGCGCUGGAGCACUAAGGAUGUGGCUGAGCGGGCUCUGCCGGAAGGACUGAAGCAGGCAAAGCUCCCAGGCGUUACCGGACGGGCUGUUCACGAGAUCAUCAAUCAAGCUUUGGAGAAGCUGGAGGCAAUCCAAGUCCCGAUGCCGGAUUACGCCCUGAAAUCAGCAGGGGCAGCUGUCAUUCAUUCCAAGACUUCUCCAUCCUUCCGAACUGGCAAAGCCAAGUUCUUCUUGUACUCCCUGCCGGUGAUGGAUUACAUGAGGUCCCCUGAGCUUAUUCUGGAGCCAGACAAUCAUCCUGGAAACUGCUGGCCCUUCCCAGGAAGUCAGGGACACGUGUUCAUCAAGCUGUCCAUGCCAGUCAUUCCCAGAGCCAUCACCAUGGACCAUGUCUCAGGGACAGCAUUCCAUGGAGAAAGCAUCUCUGGAGCUCCCAAGGACUUUGCUGUCUAUGGCUUCAAGGAAGAACACGAGGAGCAGGGAACGUUCCUGGGACAGUUCACUUUCCUGGCAGCCCUGAAUCCCAGUCAGACCUUCCAGCUGAAGAACGAGCUCCCUGGGGUCGUGAAUUACAUCAGGCUGCAAGUGCUGAGCAACUGGGGCCACCCGGACUACACCUGCCUGUAUCGGUUCAGGGUGCACGGUGAUCCGCCCAAAGACGGGGGAGACACAGCAGUUUCACCUGUCAAUAAAUUCCAUUAA